AAAGAAGCCCAACCACCAUCGCCUACUCCUCUUGAAAAAUUGGUAAGAUCUUGGUAAAAUUCCCUUCCUUUUCUUGUUAAAUAACAAGAUUUAGAGCUUAAAACUCUCCCUAAACCAGAAAUUUCUCAAAUCUGCUCUGUUCUCCUUGCCCCUGUACGCGAGUUGCUCUUGUCGGUGAGAGUGCUUUCGGUUUUCUGUUCCUCUCCAAGAUCCCGCCAGCCUUCCCAACGCCAGCUCCAAUUUCUUUACUUCCUAAAUUUUCUGGUAUGUGGCAACUCUUUUAAGUCCAAAUUUCAUCUAAUUGGUGGUUGCCUUGCUGAAUUUGGUCCUUGUGUGGCUGCCCUGUGUUGUCCGAAUGCUGCAAGUAAUUGGCUGUAUCCGUUUUUCGUGAUUACACUUGUUGGCAUGCUAUAAAUUUAAUAAGGGGCACUCCAUAUUUUACUUACUGAGUUUAUCUCAUAGUUUUCCUUGUCCACCAUUUCAGGUAGUGAGAUCCGACUCACGGGGAGCUCGUGAGAGUGACGAGCUAGGCAGCUAGGCAUUAUUUUGAACUUAGAUUUUGUAGCUAGGCCGCUAGUCACCCAUGCUUGACAUAGAAAUUUUGUGUAUAGAGCUUCCUUAGUUUUAGUCAUGAUCGUAUAUAUGAAGUUAUAAAUUUUGUACAUCUUGACUGGUUCUGAGCUUUGUGCAUUUGUGGGCCCUGUUCACGAGUGCAUGGCGUUUGUCUCGUUUCGGGGUUUGGGGCGUGACAGACGCAUUGAAACACCAUCCAAUCAAGGAGGGGAGGGGGACUACCAAAUUCAACCCAACCCUUCAAGAAAUUACUCUAAUUAAAUCUAAAAGGAUGUGAUUCGAGUAAAAACUGAUGAUGAUAGUUAAAAAACCAUAGUUUCCUACCAUUUUGAAGAUAAAAAGGAUUGUGUCAU